AUGACGUUUGCCGAUCAACAAAGAUGGAUCACGGUCCAGCAAAAGACAUUCACAAAAUGGCUGAAUGCGAAGCUGAUACAACGAGACUUGGAGAUUAAAGAUAUCGUGGAGGACAUGGGGGACGGAGUUCUACUUAUCCAUUUGCUAGAAUGUCUUUCAGGAGAGUCUCUCGGCCGUUAUGCCUCGAAACCGAAACUGCGAGUACAAAAAUUCGAAAAUGCGAACCUGGCCCUCGAUUUUAUUCGAGCCCGCGGAGUUCAGAUGACGAAUAUUGGCGCCGAAGAUAUUGUCGACGGCAACCGCAAAAUUGUACUUGGUCUAAUAUGGACCUUGAUUCUCCGUUUCACCAUUAGCGAUAUCAAUACGGAGGGCAUGUCAGCCAAAGAAGGUUUGCUGCUUUGGUGCCAACGCAAGACGGCAUGCUACGACGAAGUUGAGGUCCGUGACUUCAGUGCCAGUUGGAACGACGGUCUUGCUUUUUGCGCCCUACUCGACAUUCACAGACCUGAUCUCAUCGACUUCGAUUCGCUCGACAAGUCGGAUCACAAGGGGAACAUGCAGCUCGCGUUUGAUUUGGCGGCAGAAGAGAUUGGUAUCCCUAAGCUGCUGGACGUUGAAGAUGUGGCAGAUGUUGCCAAACCCGACGAAAGAAGUUUGAUGACAUAUAUUGCCUACUGGUUCCAUGCCUUUUCUCAAAUGGAAAAGGUUGAAAAUGCUGGUCGACGAGUAGAGAAAUUUGUCAACAGCAUGCAGGGGGUCUGGGAGAUGCAGAGCACCUAUGAGAAGCGCAUGGCUGAGCUUCUGAAGAAUAUCAACACUCAAAGGGACGAUUGGACGCAAUCGACGUUUGAAGGCACAUACGCCGACGCAAAGGCACAGGCAGCCGAAUUUUCCAAGUACAAGCGCGGCCAGAAGCGUGACUGGGUAGCAGAGAAGAGUGAUUUGGCGACUCUGCUUGGAAAUAUCAAAACCAAGUUGGGAACAUACCGCCUUCGACCAUAUGAGCCGCCUUCCAAUCUGAGCCUAACCAGACUCGAGGAUGAUUGGACCAGUUUGACUCAGAAGGAGAUGGGUCGUGCACAGUUGAUCAAUGAGACCAUCAGAGACAUCAAAAACGCCCUCCGCAAGUCUUUUGCUGACAAGGCGAAUGAUUUCGCCAUGGCGCUCAAGACUAUGCAGAUGGCCAUCUCAGGCCUCGAUGGCGAUCUAGAGGACCAACUACAUCACGUCAGAAAGCUAAGCAGUAACUUGGCGCCUCUCGACAGAUAUCUCGAAACCAUUCUGGAUGUAGAGACACAAUGCAUCGAGGCCAACAUUGAAGAAAACGACUUUACUACUUAUACAUACGACGAACUUGCCUACGAACUGACCUUGGUCAAAUCGUCAGUGCAGAAGAAGCUCGCAUUUUUGGAAAAUCAGAUGGUUGCGCGAAAUAUGACAAACCUGACGCCUAUUCAGCUGGAGGAAUUUGAAAGCGUAUUCCGCCAUUUCGAUCGCGACGAUUCCAAUGCGCUCCAAGAGUUAGAAUUCAGCGCUGCCCUAGCGUCCUUGGGUCUGGUAUUCUCCGAGGACGAAAUGCAUGACUACUUCUUGGAGACUUCCGGUGGCAGAGACGAGGUAACCUUCGAGCAGUUCAUUCGUUUCAUGGUCGACGUAACGGAAGAUCAAAACACUGCUGAGCAGGUGUUCCAGUCGUUCCGCGAAGUGGCAGACGGCAAGCCCUAUGUUACGGAGAUGGACCUCCGGCACAGUCUUGUUCCAGAUGAGGUCAUUGAGCAGCUCAGCGGCAUCAUGCCGGAGCAUACAGGACCAGACAUGUCUGCUGACCGAGGCAUGCCGCAAUACGACUAUAUUUCUUUCAUGGAGAAGAUGCUCAACAACCCAAAAGAGAGUGACCAGGUUCCUAGCGGUGUCCUGCAGGACAGGACAAAUGUGGGAGACGCUAGCCCUCGCAAGGGCGACAAGAAGAACGGCUGGUAG